CAUUCCCGUUGGGAAAUUGAGAUAAAGUUUGAGGUGGCGGCUCUGCCAAGUUGCAAGAGUUGUAAGGGAGGGGGAGGCAGUUGGAGAGAGUCAUAACCAGAAAGAAAAUGAGCGACACAGAAGCGCAAGGCGCCCCACCGUCGGCGCCGGUGGAGGACAACCCUCAGCCGGAGAGAAAAGUGAUAGCCACACUCGUGCAAGGUACCGUUAAGUGGUUCAACGUGCGCAAUGGUUAUGGCUUUAUCAACAGAAAUGACACCAAAGAGGAUGUGUUUGUCCACCAGACAGCAAUCAAGAAAAACAACCCGAGGAAGUUCCUCCGCAGUGUAGGGGAUGGCGAGGUUGUGGAGUUUGAUGUUGUGGAGGCAGCCAAGGGCUCUGAAGCAGCUAACGUGACCGGCCCCGGCGGUGUGCCAGUCAAAGGCAGCCGCUACGCCCCCAACAAGCGGCGCUUCCGUCGGCGCUUCUACCCCCGCGGUUCCCGACAGGACGGCUCCGGCCCCGGGUCCGAGGGCGAGGGAGGCCCUACCGAGAACGGUGGGCCCCAGGGUGUCCCCAGACGCAGGCGGCAGCGCAGGCGCACCGAUAGCCAGACUGCUGAGGGAGAUGCAGCGGAGAAGACUGAGACGGGAGAUGGGCAAAGGCCACGUCCUCGCCAGUACAGGCGCCCAUUCCGCAGACCAUUCCGCCCUCGCCCCCAGCAGGGGGAGGAGCAGCAGCAGGGCCAGGGUCCAGCCCCGGCCAACGGCCAGCCCGAGGGCCCCAAGGAGCCACAGACCAACGGCAACGGGGACCAGGGCCAGGGACAGAGACCCCGCAAACAGACCAGCCGACGCAGACCUAGGACCUCGGAGUCCUCCACAUCCAAAGAGGACUCUGACAAGCCCAAAGAAGAGCCAGGUUCUCCCAGCCAGACGUCCACCAAACCAGCUGACCUGAAGAGCUCCCCCAAACAGAAGCAGUCCCCCAAGUCCUCCCCUAAAUCAGGCGAGACACCUGCCGCCACAGCUGCCGCUGCCGCCCCCUCGGAGUGACACCGGUGACUGGAGCGCAUCACAUGACCCCAGAGAGAGGUUGUGUUGUUGCCUGGACUGGGGGGAUCAAACUUGCCUUUCCUGCCCAUAACCUUACACAAUAGGCAUACAUAAGCAAGCAAACACACACACACACACACACACACACACACACACACACACACACACACACACACACACACGCACACAUUCACUUGCACACACACCUCACUGUGCACAAUAAGCUCCCCUCCUGCUCACACCCUCCCGUCCUAGACACAGCGUCCCAGUGCGCCCACCCCCCUGCUCACAACACCAAGCCCCCCCUACCCUGGAGCCCUGGAACGGAAAGAACGCGUUGUGAUGGGGGGGGGGAGUAGCACUAAGGACAUGAUGUCUGGAUGGUGUAAAGGUGUGAUUUAGACGCCCAAAUGUUUGAAGAAGAAAAAAAAAGUAUGACAACAAAAGAGAAACUGCUUAAAGUAAAAAAGCCCUGCUCUUCUGGCCCCCACAGAUGGGACACGCCCGUUUACCCCAUAGUGCAUUUGAUUUUGUAGUUGGGGGCACAUGCAGGUGACUAGAAUAACCAGCCCCUUGUAUUUUUUGCUUAAAACAUAUUGUUUAUGUUCAUCAAGGAGAGGGGGUCGAAAAGUGACAUGAGUGUGUUUUCGGUUUUACACGGUAGUCUUACCAUCACCCAAUUCUCCCUUUUGGAAAAAAGUGAAAUGUAUUCUUCCCCCCCCCCUGUCCUUUUGUAAUCGCACCCCCAGCUGGUUGAUUUAUUUCUGUUGUGUUAUUUUAUUUUCUCCCUAUUAUUUUGGUCUUCCCAGGUCUUAUUUUUUAUGCCCUUUUCUUUUUGGAGGGGAUUAUGUGCAAUUGUCAGUUUACCAAAAAUGUCUAGUAAAAGUUAAAUACAUGUGCAAAACCA